UUCUGUCAACGCUGUAUGCCAUUAAACAUAGACACUGUGGAGAAGAAUUUAUGAAAGUGGUUGCAUAUAUUCGGAGACUAAGUGGAUGCAAUGCUUUGGCUCAAAGUUUAUUCCAACUGAUCUGUGGGAACUUGCAUGUAACUAGAAACCAAAAGAUUGCAGUUGUUGAGGGUCUUUAUUUUCUUUUCCGAGAGUUGCUACCAGGUCUUAAUGAAAGAUCAGGCCCAAAGGUCAUUGAAGAUGGUGAUGUUUUUGAAAAUGCAAAUAUCUGCUGGGCUUACUUGAUUGCUCAAGGACAGAAUGAGAAUAAUGAUCUGGAGAACUAUGCUACAGUAUCCUUAAAGGCUUAUUCUGGCCAGCGGCUGUCUGAGCCAGUGAGAGUACCAGGGACACCAGAAAUAUUUGAUCGGUCAUACAUACUGGAAAAAAUCACUGAUGGUGUAAAAAUUCCAAACUGUGAUGAGGUGAAUCUACUGGAGUCAUCGAUUCAAAGAGCUACAGAUAUAGAGAAAAUUUUGCUUAGUCUUCCAGCAUCAUUUGAUAGGUUUCCAUUAUGGAUCUCUUAUAACAGCACCCCACAAGGUUGCAACUUUCAGAUUGAACAGAAGAAAACAUUUUCAGACAUGUUUGAGGAUGUCAAAGAGUACAGUCACUUGAUUGUCACACCACCCCUGCAACUGGCAAAUAUGGGAAUAGAGGGACCUCUGCUGGUGUAUCCCAGUGAAGAUAAUCUAGGUGUUUACUUGAACAAAAACAAGGCAGACCGGUAUGAGAUUAAGGUUUUCGACUGUCUUUCUGGAAAAGAGACCACAAAAAAUGUGAAUGAUCUGGCUAGAAUACUCAAUGAUACCAGAACUGACAACAUUGUUGAAGUCAGUAAAACCCCUAAAGAGGCAGUUGUGGUGCUUUUUGAUUCAAGUUCUUCAAUGAUGGAAGAAUGUUAUGACACCGCAAGUCAAAUGAAGCGCAUUGAUGCUGUCAAGCAAAUCUUUGACAGCUUUGCAAACCGAAGCAUGUCAUAUGAUUUUCAACAUGUCAUCUGCCUUGUGAUGUUUAACGACAAAGUGAAAACUAUUCUUAAAUUCACAGAAAAUUUGGAAACCUUCAAGAAGCAAGUGCAUGCUAUUGAAGCAUCUGGGUACACUAGGCUAUAUGAUGCACUUGUUCGUGGUAUCUCAGAGCUUGACAAUAUCAAGAAAAGAUUUCCAGCUUGCAGAUGUCGCAUCUUGUGUUUGACAGAUGGCAAUGAUUUCAGUUCCAUGAGUAAUUCAGUCACCAUUGCCAGAAAAUUGAUGGACAGCAAUAUUGUGGUUGAUGCAGUUAUUGUUGGCAAAGCAGAUAACACUGUUUUACAUGGAAUCAGCUAUGUAACAGGUGGAUAUUGCUUUAAGCCUGAGAAUGCAAAAGUUGCCCUUAGGCUAUUAGAAACUGAAACUGUCUUGUCAAUGGAACUGAGGGCAGAGAGAACAAGGGUACCUGUGUCUUCCAUAAAAACAGAGGAAGACUUGACCGAAAUUUUUGCUACCCAUGGCUACGAUGAGAGACCAGAAAUUAAGCUUCCUGCUCAAAUCACCGAAAAAGUGGCCAGGACAGAGAAUGUACUAAAAAAGAAGAUACGGGAAUCCAAGUCAGGCCGCUUCAUGGAGAAAGAUAAACGGAUCUUAGAAGAACUGAAGAGUCUUCACUGUGAUCCCCAUCCAUACUGUUCUGUGUAUCCCUCAGAAACCGACCUCACUUUUUGGAGGAUUGUCAUGAAAGGACCUCCAGAAACCCCCUAUGAGAAUGGAACCUUUGAGCUGUAUUGUCAGUUUGGCCAUGAUUAUCCAGUAAAGCCACCUGUUGUACGGUUCUAUACUCCUAUUUACCAUUGCAACAUCAACAGUGUGGGAAGGAUUUGCCACAACAUAUUUGAUCGAAACUACUCAGCUGAUGUCACUAUGAGAGAGAUCUUGGAUGCUGUAUAUGGACUUCUGAUACUCCCAGAGGCUGACGAUCCACUAGACAGCAUAUUAGCAGAGGAAUUCCUGACUAGCAAAGAACUCUAUGAGCAAGCAGCUAAAGAUGACACUGCAAUAAAUGCACAUCAGUCCAUGGAAUCCAUUGAAAAGCAAUAUAUAGGUGAGAGCGAUGUUGAAGUGCCUCCUCAUCUGGUAUGUCCUUUGUCAGGGAAGAUGUUCAUUGAUCCAGUCAAGGCCAAAGGUGGAUAUGUGUAUGAGCGAAGAGCCAUUGAGGAACAUCUUAAGACGAACAAUAAUGAUCCAGUAACAGGGAAGGCACUUAGUUGCACAGAUCUUACUCAAGAUAAGAACGUGAAAAAAUCUGUUGUGGAGUAUCGUUCAUCCCAGAUAGAGGAAACAGAUUGCUAAAUGAAGUAGAUACUGUUUUGGCAGAGAUUCAACUGCACUAUAACAAUCACACAAUCCUCUAUCUAUCAUAUGCAUCCCUCAUUCAUUCAAAUUUUACAGGUAUACAAGAGAGGUUAUUAUGGAACCUUGGAUUAUGGAAUCCUCCGCAAGAU